CUUCCUUACCCUCACUCCCAUAUCUCACUUGUUCUGUCUCAUGACACCCCACACCCGUUCCCCCUCUCAUCCUUCCCUCCUCUUUUACUACUUCCUCCCUUCCUCUCCUCUUUCUUCUCCUUACCGUUCUCCCUCCCCGCUCCGUUCCUCACCCUGUCGUGGCUAGUGUUAUUCGAAUGGUCCAGCCCACGUCUCACGGAAAUGUCCCGUUAUACCUUCGGCUCAGAAGGAGCUGCGUGGCCCGUUUCCCAGCGAGACUUCACCGCGCCACAUGUCCUGGAAUACAUCAGUGAGGAGCGCACUCGGGUGAGUAGUUCGUGCGUCACCGGCGCACCUGCUUUGGACCCCUACAGUGGCCUACUGGGUUUCAGAAUGUGGUCAUGCCAUUCUUUCAGAUGCGGGCAAGAACCAAAGUUUCUUAUUAAUUACACUGUUGUUUGUCAUGGAAUCUCAGAAAGGUCUUCGUAUCUUGUAAGCUAAAUGCCACGUGUAGAGGUUUGUCGUCAUUGUGCGCUGUGUUUUGUGUUUUUUCAAAGUGCGAUGCUGUUGCGUAGACCGAGCCUGUCUGCCCUGCUGUCCGCUUGGCUCCUGCUUCUGUCUGCGGGCCCGGGGUUUGUCCCUGGAACCGUCUCUGGGGCCGGACUGAUCCGUAAGAAGCCUCCUGUGCGCCGCGGGUGCCUGCCCCUCCCGGAGGAGAUCCUGGAGCAGAUGUACGGCCGGCUGACAGUGGGAAUCAUGAGCGCCUUCCACCACGCGCUGCAGCUGGAGCAGAACCCUCAGCAGCAGCACAACGCCAGCUGCCCAUUCGCCGCGUGGGCCUCAGCCGCCUCAGGGCCCCGGCUCCCGGUCAACCUGCUCAGCAUCUCGCCAUGGGCCUACAGGAUGUCUCAGGACUCGUCCCGGUACCCGCGCUCCAUUCCAGAGGCAUACUGCCUGUGCAGGGGCUGUCUGAUUGGUCCAUAUGGACAGGAGAGCGCAGACUUCCGCAGUGUUCCCGUCUUCGCUCCAGCCGUGGUGCUGAGGAGGAAUGGCCCAUGUGUGGGUGGGCGUCACACCUACAGCGAGGACUACAUCUCUGUGGCUGUAGGCUGCACGUGUGUGCCAACCAUGGAGCCGGAGCCCAGGGCCCCACAGGGCAACAGCAUCUGAGGGCAGCACGGUCUGAGGGUCACUCCUGGAGACUGGUCAAGCAGCUCUUCUGUGUUCUGCUGGAUCUAAAUGCACAGGUGUUAACUCCAUCAACUCGUAAUUCUCUAAUAAAUGUUGUUGGUUCUGUA